AUGGCUGAAAACGGCCAAGCCCCCAAUUUCGAUCCACCUGCUGGACCUGACCAGUACCCUGCUGUCCCUGUCGAUCCGGUUUUGCAGCAGAUGCAGGAGAUGCACAAUGAUCUUGUCCAGAUGGGAACUCGGAUGGAAGGUGCUAUUUACCAGCUGAACACCAAGAUGGACAAUGCCAUUGUCCAGAUGGGAACUAGGAUGGAGAACAUGGAAGGUGUUAUUAACCAGCUGAACACCGAGAUGGGAACUAGGAUGGACAAGAUGGGAACUAGGAUGGACAAGAUGGGAACUAGGAUGGACAAGAUGGAAGGUGUUGUUGACCAGCUGAACACCAACAUGGACGAUGGAUUUGCUCGUCUCAACGAUCGGCUCAACCAUAUUGGCACUCGACUUGGUGCCAACACUCAACUUGGUGCCGCCGACACUCAACUUGGUGCUGUCGACACUCAUCUUGAUGCUGUCAACACUCAUCUUGGUGCUGUCAACACUCAUCUUGAUGCCGUCGACGCUGUCAACACUCGUCUUAGUGCUGUCAACACUCAUCUUAGUGCUGUCGACACUCAUCUUAGUGCUGUCGACACUCAUCUUGGUGCCGUCAGCACUCGACUUGGUGCCGUCAGCACUCGACUUGGUCACGUCAACACUCGACUUGGUCACAUCAACACUCGACUUGGUCACAUCAACACUCGACUUGGUCACAUCAACACUCGACUUGGUCACAUCAACACUCGACUUGGUCACAUCAACACUUGA